AUGACGAACUUAGUGACAAGCGCGGUAAAUGUGUAUGGUAACGUUACCACAAACGACACGGUUUCUAUCCCAAAGCUUUACGAUUUUGGUGAAAAUGACGGAACUUUUAUCAUGGUUUGUGCGUUUUUGUUAGUAGCGUUGCAAACCGGGUUUGCCUUACUGGAGUCUGGUUGCGUCAGUGAAAAGAAUGAAGUUGACAUGAUGUUGAGGAACAUCGUGGAUAUUGUACUUGGGGGUAUAUCAUUCUGGUUGUUUGGAUUUGCUUUUAUGUUAGGAAGAAGCGAGUAUCAAAAUCCGUUUAUAGGCCUGGGCGAUUUCUUAGUUGAUGUCUCAGUAAAUGAUCUUUUGAUGGGGCAGAUUAUGGUGGUCUAUCUGUUUCAAAUGACGUUUUCAGCUUCUGCAACAACUAUUGUUGGUGGAGCUAUCGCUGAAAGGUGCAACUUCAAAGCAUAUUGUUUGUUUUCGUUUCUGAAUACGAUAGUUUAUUGCAUUCCUGCUGGCUGGGUUUGGGGCGAACAUGGUUUUCUAGGAAAGCUAGGAGUAGUAGACAUUGCUGGAAGUGGACCCGUACAUCUCAUUGGAGGGUCGUCAGCAUUUGCCUCUGCUAUGAUGCUUGGACCACGACUUGGACGAUACGCAAAAGGAACGGAUCCUCUGCCACUGGGAAAUCCCGUCAAUGCCUGUAUGGGAUUGUUUGUUUUGUGGUGGGGGUGGUUGGCUUUCAAUUCAGGUAGCACUUACGGAGUGAGUGGUGCUAAGUGGAUUUACGCAGCUCGUGCAGCUGUAAUGACUAUGAUGGGCUCUUUCGGUGGAGGGAGCUUCAGUAUAAUAUAUUCCAUGGUUCGAAACGAAGGAAGAAUGGACAUCGUUGAUCUCAUCAAUGGCAUUUUGGCGUCCCUUGUUUCGGUAACUGCUGGUUGUUUUCUUUAUCAUGCAUGGGAGGCAAUCAUCAUAGGAGGAAUUGGAUCCGCUCUUUGCUGCUUAAGUAUGCCGUUAUUCGAUAAAAUGGGUGUUGAUGAUCCAGUUGGGGCAAGUGCUGUGCAUGGAGUUGCUGGAAUUUGGGGUGUAUUGGCAGUAGGUUUGUUUGCGGAUAAUCCUAUUCCAUUGGGUACAACUAAUGGGCGAUCUGGAUUGUUCAAAGGAGGUGGCUGGUAUUUGCUUGGUGUCCAAUCAUUAUCAGCUUUAUGUUUGACUUGUUGGGGUAUAUGUAUCACUUUUGCUCUAUUGUGGAUAAUCAACAAAAUUGUACCGAUAAGGAUGGACCCCAACGAGGAACUUCUUGGUGCUGACCUUAUGGAACAUCGUAUAAGACACUCUCAGGUACGUAUUGCGCAUUACAUAUACGCUAAAAGCAGAUAA